UGCUGCUUUCUUUCCUAGACACAGCUGUAUGGCAAAGACAUGGAUGAAGUGAUCAACUUUUGAAGCUCAUUUGCUCCCCUGAUUUACCAGAGCUACCUAAAGGUAAACUGCAGAGAUGUCUGAUGAGAAGAGACGUGUGGAAAUUCCUAUGAUUAUGUACGAACCUCACCAGGAAACCUACAUGCAAGAACCCUCUGCACCAGAGUACUGCAGCCAAGGGGGGGGUUAUGAGUAUCCUUCUCCCCCACCUUAUUCCUAUCGAGAAACAGCCACCCUUGAGCAACCAGUUUACAUGGUGUCUCAGCCUCCGAUCAUCGUAGCAGGAAUCUUUUCAAGCAAACCAACAUCCACAAUAUGCCCUUCCUGCCGGCAGCACAUCACCACACAGGUCACCUACAGACUGGGCAGGCUGUCCUACCUUCUGUGCACCACCUUGUGUAUGGUUGGGUGCUGUUUUGGAUGCUGCUUCGUACCUUUCUUUGUGAGGAUCUUCAAGGAUGCAGACCAUUACUGUCCAUGCUGCCAUUUUCAUAUUUAUAGAUACAAAAGACUAUAGAAAUAUAGUUUAUGCAACCAGAUGAUGUCAAAUCUCUGUUUCUUAAUGGCAUAAGAUUCUACACAUAAAACUACUGCUAAGAAACAUAUAGGAGUAGGCCUAGGUUCUGCAGCUCCCUUGCUGGUGAAUCCACCUGGAGUUUACCAUCACGUGGUUGGAUUGACUUUAAAACAAAAAGCCUCAACGACUAAUUUACAGGGUCACUUGAAUUCAUCCUCUAUUUGAAUCAUCGUCCUAAGCUGUGAAAUGACCAGUGAGCGAGUACUUCAGUGCUACUCCUCCUCCUCCUCCUCUCAAAUCUCCAACCCCGCUGGGACACAGACUCUUCUGAACUUUUCAACCCAUCAGUAACCAAGAGGUUUGGACAUGCACAUUUUAGGGAAGUACUUACCUU